CCUUUUUGGUGAUUAUUCUACAAAGUCAUAAACCAGGUCCUUCCAUGUAAACCGAGUCAACUCAUGUUCCAUUUCCAACACCUUCCCCUUUCUCCUCCAUACAAAACCUUACAAAUUUACACUUCGUUAAACCUGCACCAAACUAUCCGAUUACUGAACCGGGUCGCCGGCGUAGUCCAUGACUUGAUGGGCCGACUCUGCAAUCUCUGUGCUUGCCUCGACAGAAAACUCAAAUCCGUAAAAGCCUCCUAUGGCGCUGAUAACCGCGACGAUAACGAUGAAUUGGACACUCAUAACCUCUUCUUUGACCUGCGUACUCUUCAAAUUGCUACUAAUUUCUUCUCCGACUUGAAUCAGUUAGGCCAUGGCGGUUUCGGUCCCGUUUUUAAGGGAUUGAUACCGAAUGGUCAAGAAGUUGCAGUGAAGAAGCUUUCAUUAUCGUCGAGACAGGGACUGAGGGAAUUUUCGAAUGAGGUGAAACUUUUAUUAAAGAUUCAGCACAAGAAUCUGGUCAGUUUGUUAGGUUGUUGUGUUGAAGGGCCGGAGAAGAUGCUUGUUUAUGAAUAUCUGCCCAACAGAAGCCUUGAUUAUUUUCUAUUUGAUAAACAGAAAUCUGCAUCUCUUGAUUGGAGAACUCGGUUUAAAAUAGUUACAGGGGUGGCAAGAGGUCUUCUAUACCUUCAUGAAGAAGCCCCUGAAAGGAUUAUUCACAGAGACAUCAAAGCUAGUAAUAUCUUGCUGGAUGAACAUUUGACUCCAAAGAUAUCGGAUUUCGGCCUGGCUAGGCUGUUUCCUGGUGACGACACGCAUAUGAAUACAUUUAAGAUUUCUGGCACUCAUGGUUAUAUGGCACCUGAAUAUGCCUUGCAUGGUUAUUUGUCGGUGAAGACUGAUGUUUUCAGCUAUGGAGUUUUGUUACUGGAGAUCGUAAGCGGGAGGAAAAAUUAUGAUAGCCGACUUGGUGGUGAAAAGGCCGACGUCUUAAACUAUACAUGGAUGCUCUACCAAAAAGGAAAAAUGUUGGAGUUAGUUGAUGCGAGCCUUACAAAAUGCAACGGUGACGAGGCAGCAAUGUGCAUUCAGCUGGGGCUGUUAUGCUGUCAGCAAAGUAUUGCAGAAAGGCCAGAUAUGAAUACGGUUCAUCUCAUGCUUUUAAGCGACUCGUUUACAUUGCCUAGACCAGGUAGACCUGGACUUCAAGGGCGACGGGCGAAUUUUACGACAACAGGCACUUCAGCUUUUACUAAUACAAACACUAACACAAAUACUAAUGGUAGCAGUACAAAUACGGGCAUCGGUAAAGCAUCGGGAGGGAAUAGUUUUAUUGAGGAUUAUUCUAGAAAUUCCAUGUCUGUUUCUUCUAUUGAUGAAGGUAGAUGAGAAUUAUUUAUACUUAUAUGAAGGGUGAUUACCUUCUUUUUCAUUAUUUUUAGUGGUAGCUUUAUUAAGAUUAUGUAUAGCAUUAACUCAUUAUAAGUAUAAAAUGCUUGUCAUUUAAAUUGUUUUUCCAUGUAAUUAGAUAUGGUUAGGAGUAUAUUCUUGUGAAUGUCACUAAACAGGGGUGAUUUCAACCUCUAUUUUGUUUAA